GCUCAUUUCCGGGGAGGAAGUUGCUGGUUCAAAACAAAUAGCUCUUCGAUUAAAUAUUCUGUAACUUUCAAUGAGUCUUUGCGGCGUAUAAGUCUCAUACUUGUUGUAAUAACUUCUCAUCAUCCUCUGUAUCCAUGGAGACGCCAGAGCCAGGCCCAGCAGAUGGAGAGGAACGCCCGGUGGAGCUGCGACCUCGGACACGGUCCAACCCGGAGGGAGCUGAGGACCGGCGCAGCAGCACAGGAAGCCUCGGAGGGAACGGUAACCAGAGCAUGUCUCAGCCCGCCGUGGGAAGUCGUGUGGAAGGGGAGGGCGAGGCUUCGACCAGCGACAGCCCCCCGAGCUCCAUCACUACGACCAUCCCAGCUGCUGCCGUUCAGGCCGUAGCUCCUGCAGGUGCCGUUGGUGCCACGGCUGGAGCCAGCAGCUCCGUGCCGCUGUCCUCUGCUGCUGUAGCGCCCAAAGAGAGGCCAAAGCCCACACAGCAACAGCCCACACUCACUAUGCCCGUCCCUCCACCGGCAGAGUACCAGCUCCGAGUCCCCCGGGUCAACUGCCCAGAGAAAGUGAUUAUCUGCUUAGAUCUUUCUGAAGAGAUGUCUUUGCCAAAGUUGGAGUCUUUUAAUGGAUCUAAAACAAAUGCUUUGAACAUAUCGCAGAAAAUGAUUGAGAUGUUUGUGAGAACAAAACAUAAUAUUGACAAACAGCACGAGUUCGCCCUGGUUGUCAUCAACGAUGACGCUCUGUGGCUGUCAGGCUUCACAUCUGAUCCCAGGGAGCUGUGCAGCUGUUUGUAUGAUCUGGAAACCAAUGUGUGCGAGUCUUUCAACCUUGAAGAUCUCCUUAAUGUCAUUCGUCAGAAGAUUGAGCUGCCCUCGACGGAGAACGUUCAGACCAUCCCUCCUCCGUACGUGGUGCGAACGGUUCUCAUCUACAGCCGCCAUGCAGGGCCGCUUCAGUUCAGCCCCUCAGAGGCUGUUAGUAAAAUGCUGCAGUCUCCCUACUUCUUCUUUGACGUGGUGUAUUUGCACAACGGAGCAGAGGAACAAGGGGACGAGACCAGCUGGAGGGACAACUACACAUCUUUCUGUACCUUGGACUCGAAGGGGAUGUGUUAUCGCUUUGAGGUUUCCCUGAGUGGACCCGCCAUCGAGCUGCACAACUGCAUGGCCAAACUGCUGGCCCACCCGUUACAAAGACCCUUCCAGAGCCACGCCUCGUACAGCCUGCUGGAGGGGGACGACCCCCCGGACAACGAAGCCACAGUCUGAAACCAGCGCUUCUGCGUGAUAUCAAUGCACACUGCAGCUGCAGAAAACCGGCUGGCAUCUCUCAACUGCACAAUACUACUUGUUUUUCCUCUUUUACUGACAAAGAUCUGGAGAAAAGUUCUCCAGACAAGUGUCUGACGAGGGUUUGAGUUUUUAGCUACGUAGCCACUGGGAAUGAAUGACGGGGAAGAUGCUUUUAAAUAACAGGGUUUGUCUUAGAAAUAAUCACGUUUAUAUCAAGUGUUCAAAGCACUGAGAUUUGCAAAACCUACACUUAAGCUUCUUUCCUUUCAAAUCACAGACCACACUGAUUUAUCUGCAAGUCUUAAAGGAAGAAAUCCAACAAAUGAUGCCUGACGUGCAGCUUUUGUUCACAGUUGGCCUUUUAGAGAAAUCAACCUUAAAUACAUGUACAUUAAUACAUGUAAAAUGAACUUUGAUUUAAAUAUAGAACGAUGCCUUUCCUUCCGGUUGUUAACUUCCUCGUUGUUACUUGUUUUGAUGCAUUUCUGUCUUAUUAGAUUACUUUUUUUUUUUUUUUAAUCCCUUUAUUCCUAAGCAUGUCACACAGACAGAGAAUGUCAGUAAUGUUGUUUUUUUUAAGCUUCCCUUGACGUUGAUCUCUGUGGCGGUUUGUGAUGGUCCUGCCAGUCUAGACGCACUUCGAAUCUAAUGUACAGAAAAGCUUUUUAAGUUUAUUUCUGAGUAUUAAAAAAACAUGUAC